AUGGCAGCCCAGUCGACUUUGAAGAAGCCUGCUGCCCAACAGAAAGCCGGUAUGAAGAGGCCUGCAGCUCAUGAGAAAGAGGAAAAGCCGCCAAAGACCCACAAGAAAAAUGGAAAGGACAAAGAAGAGGAGGAAGAAGAUGAUGAGAUUGUGGAACCGCUACCUCUCACCGAGGAGGCGCUGCAGAGCCACAACAAGUUCCUCUCUGAAAUGUCAAAACACAAGGACAUGAGCCAGACGCAAUUUGACAAGACAUUGGCCACCUUACCGAGUCGCACAGCUGAGAGGUUGUGGAAGGCCUUUGAGGCGUGCAGAAAAGAGACAGGGAGUGAUGGACAGUACAAAGAAGCAUCCAGCGGCUGUGGCCAGCAGAAAAAGAAAAGAGCGCUUCUGAGAGGAUGGUGCAUGGACAAGGGAAAGAUUGGAGACUGCUACAGAAAAAUGCUAACCACAGUCAGAGUCGUUGCAAAGCAAGGAGUAGAAGAGAAGUGGAUUACCAAAGCUGAGGCCCUCCAGAAAUGGGGGGCAGAGGAACUGAAGGAUCGACUGCAGAAAGGCACCAUCAAAGCUCGCCGCAAUCCCUUGGACAGGGACUACUGGGAGUUCCAAGCCAUUGUUGAGAAGAAGUCCAAUAUGGCAGAGAAGAACCGAGAAACUCAGUAUGGAUCUGCAUGGCAGAAGGUUGACCACAAGAAGAUGGCGGCGAUUGAAGCUGUGGCUGUAGACGAGGUGCACUCCAGCGACAUGGAGAUGGGACAUGGAGGAGAGAGCGAUGAGGAAGAUGAAGAUGGAUUGGAUCCUGAACUCAAAAAAAUGUUGAACAUCAAGGAUGCAAAGCAUGAGAAAGAGAGGAAAGCCCCGAAAGAAAAUGCUUGGGAAGCGGCUAGCAAAGUCGGAGACGAAGACGGUGCUGUGAGCAUCAAGUCGAAAGUGCUCAAGUUCAAAGCAGAACUCAGCAAGGACGCGGCCACUGUGGAGCUGAAAGCACACGAGCUGAAGAGCCAGAACCCUGCAGAGAAGACAAUGGUGAAAGAUUCGCUGAAAGCAGCCGAGCACGGCCAGAGGACGUGUGAGAAGUUGGACAAGAUGGCCAAAGGCAAAUGCGUCCGCAGCGAAGCUGCCAAGCUUCUCCAGGUAGCUUACAAAGCCUUGACUGACCUGAAAGCUGCCAAGGCUAAGCUCUUCAAAGCUCUGAAAGCGGAGUGA